AUGUCUUCGUGCAUACCUGGAAAUCAAAAGGAAAUAAAGUCCAAAGACUUCGUUGCUGGUUCAAUCUCAGAGCCAAAGACAGGGAAGUUUGUAGAUGAUAGAUCAGAACAUAAAGGUGGACAUGCCCACAAUGUUCACACGAGAAGAUCGGAGAAGAUCCCUCUUGCAUCAUUUCAAAAAGAUAAACGCUGUGCCCUCAAGCAAAUGGAUCAGACCGUUCCGCUAAGUGUCCGAAGACGAAGGAGACAGUAUUAUUUGGAAAUAAACUUCAUUGAUGCCUGCCACACCAUUCAGAUUCCUGUUCCAACAUUUUACAGGGUUACAUCCCAUAAUAAAGCCCGCUUCGUCCUACAAGUGACUGUACUGGGCCACCGUAUUCGGUCGCAGAAUUCCGAGAUUAGCUGUCAUGCUGCCAAAGUCCAGUUGGCCAGACGCGGCGUGCACUAUUUACAAGGCGCACGCAACCCAGCGCCCGCUUUGGCACUUGGACCUGGUAGUAGUGAUGCGAGUGCUACCCAAAAUCCGAAUUUAGUUGUAAGUGGAUCACGAUACCAAUUCUCACGCAUCACUGAUAAAUUAAUGCCAAAACAGCCGGCCUCCCACAACGUCCUCAGCGCUCAUGAUCAAUCACAUCUCGAAUUGUACUUCAGACGUCACAUUAUCAGUCAAAUCGGCAGCAGUACUCGCGUUCAAGUCACAGCAGCGGCUGACCUCAUGGCUGAUAUCAUUCUGUGGCGUUCUGAAGGACAAACAACGGAGUGGUAUGAAGUAAUGAGGGUUUUCACGGGGAGAUUGGCCCAAAGAUUGACGGAGGGCAGUAGCUAG